UGGUAGCCCAAGCAAUCACAACAGGAAUAGCUGUCACCGCUCUCAACUCCUUGAAGAUGAGAGCUCAUUACGUCCUUGCCUGCCUGGCUUUACUGGUGGCCACCACUGGUGCCGCCAACAUAAGGCCCUCAGUGACAGCCGUGAAUAACCAGCUGUACCGCCGCUUUGUUUGCGUGAACAAGUCUAAUGGAUUCCGUGCUCUGGUGCCUGGUAGCUGCUCCAAAUACUACGAGUGCCAGAAUGGCGUCGCCAUGGAGACCACUUGCUCGCGUUUCUUUGAUCCUAAGGUGCAGGGAUGUGUCACCUAUAACACUGGAUGCGUUGAGGUGAUGCAAACAUCAGCUACAGCAUUGAUUGGUGGUAAUUCCGGCACUGUUGCAGAACCAUGUGCAGAAACGGUAACCACUACAUGUGUCCCACCCGUGACUACCACCUGCGAAACGACCACCCCCUGUAAGCCAGAGACGGCAACUACCACAUGUACGACACCGACAACUACCACAUGUACAACGCCAACAACCACUACUUGUACGACACCUACCACAACUACAUGUACAACACCAACAACAACAACAUGUACAACACCAACAACAACCACUUGCACAACACCAACAACAACCACUUGUUCAACAGUGACCACAACCACCUGCACAACACCAACAACAACCACCUGCACAACCCCAACAACAACCAAGACCACAACACCAACAACAACCAAGACCACGACACCAACAACAACCACGUGCACGACACCAACAACCACCACAUGUACAACACCAACAACAACUACAUGUACAACGCCAACAACAACCACCUGCACAACCCCAACAACAACCAAGACCACAACACCAACAACAACCAAGACCACGACACCAACAACAACCACGUGCACGACACCAACAACCACCACAUGUACAACACCAACAACAACCACCUGCACAACACCUACAACAACCAAGACCACAACACCUACAACAACCAAGACCACGACACCUACAACAACCACCUGCACAACACCAACAACAACCACUUGCACAACACCGACAACAACCACUUGUACAACACCAACAACAACCACUUGUUCAACAGUGACCACAACCACCUGCACAACACCAACAACAACCACCUGCACAACCCCAACAACAACCAAAACCACAACACCAACAACAACCAAGACCACGACACCAACAACAACCACGUGCACGACACCAACAACCACCACAUGUACAACACCAACAACAACUACUUGUUCGACAGUGACAACAACCACCUGCACAACACCAACAACAACCACCUGCACAACACCAACAACAACUACUUGUUCGACAGUGACAACAACCACUUGCACAACACCAACAACAACCACCUGCACAUCACCAACAACAACCACUUGUUCAACAGUGACCACAACCACUUGCACAACACCAACAACAACCACCUGCACAUCACCAACAACAACCACUUGUUCAACAGUGACCACAACCACCUGCACAUCACCAACAACAACUACUUGUUCGUCAGUGACAACAACCACCUGCACAACAACCACAUGCGUUGUACCAGUAACAACACCGUGCACACAACAAACAUCGGGCAGUAAGGUAAGACCCUCGUCUGUUCAUGUGAGACCCGCCGCGAGACCGUUCCACAGCCCUCUGUCCGAGACACAACAGCAGCCAAUGGAGAUGGCUUCGGCAACGAAUGAAUUGAGCAUGAACCUUUACACCAGCUACGUGUGCCGCAACAAGCCCGACGGCUUCAUGCUGGCCUCCCUAACGAGCUGCAACAACUAUUACAUCUGUCGCUACGGCAAGCCCCUGCAAGUUAGCUGCGGCAAGAAGUACUUCAACGCGCUGAAGGGCAUCUGCGAUCUGCCCGAGAACACACGCUGCGUACAGCCGCAGGCUUGAGCGAGUCGCUCACCCGUUGACGGUACUCCCAAUGCAUAGGAAUGACUAACUGCACCAUCUUUAUUAAUAUAAUUAACUACCAUAUAAAAGAGUUGUAUCUACUGAUUUAAAUAUCACAGAAAUGCAAAUGCUAAU